GGCAGCGGCGCGGAGUGGGCCGGCCGGGGUCGAGGGGCCGCGCUCAGGGCAGUUGCACCCGGCUGCGUGGAAGGAGCACCGCGGAGUGCAGCCGCCUCGUCGUCGAGAAGGAGCGGCUCCUCCCCUGCCGUGCCCGGAAUCCCAGUCAGAAGUUCUGGCCUGCCACUCAUCUCUGAUGCGAUGCCAGCACCAACUCAACUGCUUUUUCCUCUGAUCCGUAACUGUGAACUGAGCAGAAUCUAUGGCACUGCAUGUUACUGCCACCACAAACAUCUCUGCUGUUCAUCUCCUUACCUUCCUCAGAGUCGCCUGAGAUACACACCCCACCCUGCAUAUGCUACCUUUUGCCGGCCAAAGGAGAACUGGUGGCAGUACAGCCAAGGAAGGAGAUAUGCUUCCACACCACAGAAAUUUUACCUCACUCCUCCUCAAGUCAACAGCAUCCUGAAAGCUAAUGAAUAUAGUUUCAAAGUGCCAGAAUUUGAUGGCAAAAAUGUCAGUUCUGUCCUUGGAUUUGACAGCAAUCAGCUGCCUGCAAAUGCACCCAUCGAGGACCGGAGAAGUGCGGCAACCUGCUUGCAGACCAGAGGGAUGCUUUUGGGGGUUUUUGACGGCCAUGCAGGCUGUGCUUGUUCCCAGGCAGUCAGUGAAAGACUCUUUUAUUAUAUUGCUGUCUCUUUGUUACCCCAUGAGACUUUGCUAGAGAUUGAAAAUGCAGUGGAGAGUGGUCGGGCACUGCUACCCAUUCUCCAGUGGCACAAGCACCCCAAUGAUUACUUCAGUAAGGAGGCGUCCAAAUUGUAUUUUAACAGCCUGAGGACUUACUGGCAGGAGCUUAUAGACCUCAACACUGGGGAGUCACCUGAUAUUGAUGUUAAGGAGGCUUUAAUUAAUGCUUUCAAGAGGCUUGAUAAUGACAUUUCAUUGGAGGCUCAAGUUGGCGAUCCCAAUUCUUUCCUCAACUACCUGGUGCUUCGAGUGGCAUUUUCUGGGGCCACCGCUUGUGUGGCCCAUGUGGAUGGUGUUGACCUUCAUGUGGCCAAUACCGGUGAUAGCAGAGCCAUGCUGGGUGUACAGGAAGAGGACGGCUCUUGGUCGGCAGUCACUCUCUCUAACGACCACAAUGCUCAGAAUGAAAGAGAACUGGAACGGCUGAAAUUGGAACACCCGAAGAAUGAGGCCAAGAGUGUGGUGAAACAAGAUCGGCUGCUUGGCUUGCUGAUGCCUUUUAGGGCUUUUGGAGAUGUCAAGUUCAAAUGGAGCAUUGACCUUCAAAAGAGAGUGAUAGAAUCUGGCCCAGACCAGUUGAAUGACAAUGAAUAUACCAAGUUUAUCCCUCCUAAUUAUUACACACCUCCUUAUCUCACUGCUGAGCCAGAGGUAACUUACCACCGAUUAAGGCCACAGGAUAAGUUUCUGGUGUUGGCUACUGAUGGGUUGUGGGAGACAAUGCAUAGGCAGGAUGUGGUCAGGAUUGUGGGUGAGUACCUAACAGGCAUGCAUCACCAACAGCCGAUAGCUGUUGGUGGCUACAAGGUGACUUUGGGACAGAUGCAUGGCCUUUUAACAGAAAGGAGAGCCAAGAUGUCCUCGGUAUUUGAGGAUCAGAAUGCAGCAACCCAUCUCAUUCGCCACGCUGUGGGCAACAAUGAGUUUGGGGCUGUUGAUCACGAGCGCCUCUCCAAAAUGCUUAGUCUUCCUGAAGAACUUGCUCGGAUGUACAGAGAUGACAUUACAAUUAUUGUAGUUCAGUUCAAUUCUCAUGUUGUAGGGGCCUAUCAAAACCAGGAAUAGUGGGUGGAUCUUACCCUGGCAAUUCUCAAAUGAAAUAGAUGUAAAGGGCAGAUAGAUUUUUAAAAGGCACUAAUACAGUAAACAUUUCCAGUGGGUCAUUCUGAGCAUUUACCCAUUUGAUACUCUAGCUUGUCAAGUGCUCCAGAUAGACUUUGCAGCAGGGUGGUGGGAUCACAGGAGUCUCCUGCCUAGCUCGGAUCUCGCGACGCCUGCACUUGAGGCAAGUCAGCUCCUUGUUGCAGAUGUCUUGUGACAUUGGCUUCUUUUAUCCACCUGAGAAAAUCAGAAUGACCUGGCAAAUAGAAUCUCGAACGGGCCGAAAUGCUGGACGUAUUCUUUCGGUAAAAGGGAAGAAACGCUACUGUUCACACCUGCAGACCCUUUUUGUCACUAAGAUUCCAGUGUACCUGAGAACAUUUAUUUAUUGCAUGAUUUCCUAGAUAUACAAUCUAUGCAUUAUUCAUAUAAAUUUAUUUAACCUGAAGUGGUUUUCAAAUCCAGUACUUUAAGCCAUAAAUGACAGAGAACUAAGCAACCUCCCUUCCCCACCCCUGCGUACCUGAUGUAAUGGAAACAUUUUCUAUUUUGUCACUCGCUUGAAGACAAUAAACGUUUUUAGUUUUAUCUACUCUUACAAUGAUGUUAAAAAAAGAAAAAAGAUGGGCCGGCCCCAUGGCUUAGCGGUUAAGUGUGCGCGCUCCGCUACUGGCGGCCCGGGUUCGGAUCCCAGGCGCGCACCGAGGCACCACUUCUCCAGCCAUGCUGAGGCCGCGUCCCACAUACAUCAACUAGAAGGAUGUGCAGCUAUGACAUACAACUAUCUACUGGGGCUUUGGGGAAAAAGAAAGAAAGAAAGAAAAUUAAAAAAAAAGGAAAAAGAAUUCUUUUAGUUUGUAUUAAUGAAAAGCUUUAUUUAGUUUGAAAUAAAAAGAUCCAGAAUAAAAAGAAGAGACUGAUAAUAUUCAGUUACUGUCAUCUGUAGCGACCAGCACAUCACUCUUAUCAUGUAAUCUCCAAAGGCUCGGCAUGCUGUAAGUGUGUGGUGGGUAGACUGCUGCCGGGAAAUCAUACUUCUAAUUUAGUAAUGAUAAGAAUUUUCAUCACUUUUGGAGUUUUAAGGAUGACAUAUAUAAAAUAAGUUUAAAUAUCAAUUCAGGGAGUAAGGUUUAAUGUUACUGGUGUUGAGAUGGGGGAAGAAGUUUUUGGUUUUCCCCCACUUAGACAUAGGUCAAUUAAAAUAUUUGAUUUCAAAAUUACUAAAUGCUUUAAACAUUGUAGCUUAGGAAUGUUAUAUGCUAUAUACAUGAGAAAUUUUAAAAGGUAAUUUGUGCAUGCCUGAUGCUUAUUUAGUAGAACACUUAGUAGCAUCAAGUGUUGUUUGCAGCAGUCUCCGCAAUUAUAUGCAGUCACUUCUAAUGAUGUAUCAAAGUAAAUGAAAAUAAAUAUAUACCACUUGGCUUUUUGGGAGCUUAUGUGAUAUGCAUCAAAUGGCAUUUUGUUCUUGUGUUUAAUGGUGAUCUGUGUAUAGCUGUGCAUAUGUUUUCAUCAUUUAUUCUAUCAUCAUUAAAAGAAGGGUUAUAACUAUGUUUGAGAUUCACAUAGAUUUUAAUAUAACCCGUGAUCAGCUUUCCCUUGAGUAAUUUAGUUGAGGGGUCUGUAGAAGUCUUUUUGGAUUUCUGUAGAAUAUGAACUAGAUGUUCAAGGACUCCCUUUGGACUAUGGACACUAAAGUGAUAUAGAACUGACUGCAAAACUUGUUCCAGUUGAAAAAUAGACUCAGGAAGAUUGCAGCUUGGAACAUCAUAGAAUGUUUGUUUUCUGAGGUCUUUUUUUUUCCCCUUAAGUCAGUUUGGACUUUUCUUCCAGGCAGCAUUUUGGAGGGGGGAAGGCUGUACUAUAUAUUUAUUUCUAAAUGAUUUGACAGAGACUUCAUCUUUUAAUGAAAUAUAUAUAGACUGCAGUAGCAAUUAAAACCCAUUUUCAGGCUACUAUUUGAAUUUCUUUUGAACACUAUCACGGAAGAGUUCUAUCUUAUUAUAUACUUAAUAAAAUCUUGUUUCCAUAUAGUAUUUAGUUUCGUGUGGUCAUGAUCAAGGUGGUAAUUCUUAUUAUUACACAAGAAACUUGGUCUGCAGUCCAAAAACCAGUCUACUCUCUGUAGAAAUGAAAAUGUAGUGUGGAGUUAUCAUUGUGGAAGUGAAAACAAUUGGAUGUUAGAAAUCUGAAUGUACUAUCAUCUAAAAGCGGUUGUGAUUUUAUUGUAAUUGGUUGUCACUGUGAUGCGAUAUCUAGAAUUAAAGAAUACAUGUAAACUUUCAUGGUAUUUAGCCUUUCUUAAACUUUUUUAUUUAAAUUUUCUAACAUCUGUAUCAACUUCUGUAUUUCUGUUUAUUCAGUGGCUGAUGAUAUUUAUGGUACGCCCGUAACUGGUUAAAUGGAAUGGUGGUGUGGUACACAGUACUUGGUAGAAAAACUGUCUUAUAAAGGAUGUAUCUGUGUGAAGACGUGUGGAAGGUUUAUAAUGUAGAGAGUGGUCAGAGAAAUGCCCACGGUGAAUUAAAGCUCAUGUUUGCUUUCUGAAUGGCCUGCGUUGGUUUUUAAUAAUAGUUAAAUUCAUUAGAUGCUUUCUGCAGUGAUAGAUUAUACUUUAAGAUCCAGUAGAUAAGUAGUACUUUUUUUAAAAAAAAAGUAUAAUUUACAUUCAAUAAAAUCACACAGAUUUUAAAUAUGUAGUUUGAGAUUUGGUAACCACAACCCCAAUAAAGGUAUAGAACUUUUCCAUUACUCCAGAAAAUUCCCUCAUGCCCCUUUUCAGUUAAUCUCUCCCUGGGUAACUACUGUUCUGAUUUCCAUCACCAUAGAUUAGUGUUGCUUGCUCUGGAAAUUCAUACACAUGAAAUCAUAUAAUACGUA